AAACCCCCCGUCUCUGGUCCCAGUCUUCUGUAGAAUAAACAAGUCUUUCGCAUUGUCUUUCUCUCUGAAAAAACACAGGAGUAAUCAACAAGAAAGAAAGGAACAAAACGACGGCGGUAGGCAAAUAAGAAGCGGAGGAGAUGGAGAUAGUGAAGGCAAGGACUGAUAAGCGAGAAUACAAGAGAAUUGUUCUUCCAAAUGCUCUCCAAGUCCUUCUCAUUAGCGAUCCCGACACCGAUAAGUGUGCGGCUUCUAUGAAUGUUAGUGUUGGUUGUUUCAGUGAUCCUGAUGGUCUUGAAGGACUCGCUCAUUUUCUUGAGCAUAUGCUGUUUUAUGCAAGUGAGAAAUAUCCACUAGAGGACAGUUACUCUAAGUACAUUAUUGAGCAUGGGGGCAGUACCAAUGCUUAUACGACGUCGGACCACACCAACUAUCAUUUUGAUGUUAACAGUGAUUGUUUUGAAGAUGCUCUGGACAGAUUUGCACAGUUCUUUAUCAAACCGUUGAUGUCAGCGGAUGCAACCGUUAGGGAAAUUAAGGCUGUUGAUUCUGAAAAUCAGAAAAACUUACUGUCUGAUGGUUGGAGAAUAAACCAGCUUCAGAAACAUUUAAGUGAGGAAGGCCACCCGUACCAUAAAUUCAGUACAGGGAAUUGGGACACUUUGGAAGUUCAGCCAAAAGAAAAGGGGCUGGAUACAAGACUUGAGCUUAUAAAGCUCUAUGAAGAAAAUUAUUCAGCCAACCUCAUGAACUUGGUAAUAUAUGCAAAAGAAAGCCUUGAUAAAAUACAAAGCCUUGUCGAGGAAAAGUUCCAGGAAAUUCGAAAUAAUGAUAGGAGCUGUUUCUCUUUUCCUGGUCAGCCUUGCUCCUCGGAGCAUUUACAGAUACUUGUUAGAACUGUCCCGAUAAAACAAGGUCACAAAUUGAGAAUUGUUUGGCCAAUAACUCCGGGCAUUCUUCACUACAAGGAAGGACCAUGCAGGUAUCUUGGCCACCUGAUUGGCCAUGAAGGAGAAGGAUCUUUGUUUUAUGUCUUGAAAACCUUAGGAUGGGCCACUGAUUUAUCUGCUGGUGAAGUAGAUGGGACAACAGAGUUCGCUUUCUUCACUGCAGUAAUUAAUCUUACUGAUGCUGGCCAUGAGCACAUGCAAGAUGUUGUUGGACUGUUAUUCAAAUACAUUCACCUCUUGCAGCAGUCUGGUGUUUGCAAAUGGAUAUUUGAUGAGCUUGCAGCUAUUUGUGAGACAUCAUUCCACUAUCAAGACAAAACCCCUCCAAUUAGUUAUGUUGUCCGGAUUGCAUCCAAUAUGCAGCUAUAUCCUCAAAAAGAUUGGCUGGUGGGAUCCUCCUUGCCUUCUAAUUUCAGUCCAAGCAUAAUUCAGACGGUACUUAAUCAACUUUCUCCAGACAAUGUUCGAAUCUUUUGGGAAUCGAAGAAAUUUGAAGGGCAAACUGCAAUGACUGAGCCAUGGUACAAAACUGCAUACAGUGUUGAGAAAAUCACUGGCUCCAUGAUCCAGGAAUGGAUGCUAUUUGCUCCUAAUGAAGAUUUGCAUCUGCCAGCGCCUAAUGUAUUCAUACCUACUGACUUAUCACUUAAGGAUGCACAAGAGAAGCAGGUCAAAUUCCCAGUUCUCUUAAGAAAGUCAUCCUCUUCAUCACUAUGGUACAAGCCUGACACGAUGUUCUCUACUCCUAAAGCUUAUGUUAAGAUAGAUUUCAACUGCCCCUUUGCUAGCAGCUCUCCUGAGACUGAAGUUCUUACUGACAUUUUUGCGCGGUUGUUGAUGGAUGACCUGAAUGAUUAUGCUUAUUAUGCACAGGUUGCUGGUCUAUAUUAUGGCAUAAGCAACACAGAUAGUGGUUUUCAGGUCACUGUUGUUGGUUACAACCACAAACUGAGGAUCUUGUUGGAAACUGUUAUUGAAAAAAUUUCAAAUUUUAAAGUGAAGCCCGACAGAUUUUCUGUGAUCAAGGAAAUGGUGACAAAGGAAUAUGGAAAUUUGAAGUUCCAGCAGCCCUAUCAGCAGGCUAUGUACUAUUGUUCUCUCUUACUACAGGAUCAAACAUGGCCUUGGAUGGAACAACUUGAAAUACUUCCUCAUCUUCAGGCUGAAGAUCUUGCUAAGUUUAUUCCAUUGAUGCUUUCAAGAGCCUUCUUAGAGUGCUAUAUAGCAGGUAAUAUUGAACGCAGCGAGGCAGAGUCAAUGAUUCUGCAUAUUGAAGAUGUUUUUAAUGAGGGUCCAGACCCUAUAUGCCAACCCUUAUUCCCGUCCCAGCAUUUAACAAGUAGAGUUAUCAAGCUUGAAAGGGGCAUCAAUUAUUUGUAUCCAAUUGAAGGCUUAAAUCCAGAUGAUGAAAAUUCUGCUCUGGUGCAUUACAUACAGAUUCAUCGAGAUGAUUUUACAUGGAAUGUGAAACUUCAACUGCUUGCUUUAAUUGCAAAGCAGCCAGCUUUCCACCAGCUUAGAUCUGUUGAGCAACUUGGGUACAUUACUGUUCUCAUGCAAAGAAAUGACUCUGGUAUUCGCGGACUGCAGUUUAUCAUUCAAUCUACAGUGAAGGGUCCUGGACAAAUUGAUUUGAGAGUUGAGGCAUUCCUCAAGAUGUUUGAAACUAAACUUUAUGGGAUGACCAAUGAUGAAUUCAAGAGUAACGUGAAUGCUUUGAUAGAUAUGAAACUUGAGAAGCACAAGAAUUUAAGAGAAGAAUCUGCAUUUUUCUGGCGAGAGAUUUCUGAUGGGACCCUGAAGUUUGAUAGGCGAGAAUGCGAGGUGGCCGCGUUAAAACAACUUACACAACAGGACUUGAUAGAUUUCUUUGAUGAACAUGUAAAAGUUGGUGCACCUCGGAAGAGGACAUUGAGCGUGCGGGUUUACGGGAAACUGCAUUCAUGUGAGUACCCAUCAGACAAAAGCCAACAGCUCCCGCCCAACGCAGUUCAGAUAGAAGAUAUUUUCAGUUUCAGAAGAUCACAACCUCUUUAUGGUUCAUUUAAAGGAGGCUUUGGUCACAUGAAGCUGUAGGGUUGGGAUAUAAAAGCAAUGGAGGUUUCCCCUUUUCAGCUGUGUACAAUCUGGUUGAAGAAAAUUGAAACCUGCAGCGAAGCAAGCAAAUGGUAGUCGUAGCUGAAGCCGAAGUAUAGCAAUAAAACAAGAAGUAUUCUCCAAAGUGAUUUUCAUGGCACUGUUUCUCAUUGAUCUCUGGCUUACAAUCGUGGCAUUGCAUUGUAAUUUAUAUGAAGUAUUUUUUAUGUGUUGCUUGCUUCUCAAAGACAACGAUGUCUUGCUAGAUACGUUUGUUUCAACAACCGAGGCCAAUAAAAAAAAUUAACAAAAAACUUAUUUAGCCUUUUUAAAA